CUAUUAUUUUCCUGCUGAUUCUAUGCACAUAGGUAAAAAAACCUUCUGUGUGCAGCAGUGCCCCCAGACCCCUUAAUGCCCAAGCGAUGUGUACGACAGCCUCAGCUGUCCCGAGUCUCUGCCUCCUCAACUCAAUUCACAACUUGUGUGAAUGGAUACACAGAGCAGUGGGUGCCCCCAUAGCAAGCUGCUUGCUGUGGGGGCACCCGACAGAAUGGAGGAGCCAGGAGAGCCUGUGGGGGACUCGAGAAGAGGAGAAUCCAGGAUGCUCUGUGGAAAACCACUGCACACAGCAGGUAAGUAUA